AGCUGUGUGGAUCAUUUCUGACAAGGACCCAUGGAGCUGCAGAAGGAUGAUGUUAAAAGCAAACAGCAGUGCCUCGUGCGCACCUCCUUGCUAAGCCCUUAUCCCAAGGAAGCCCAGGAAAGCAUCUACAGAGGCCUUGCAGCAUUGUCAGAGGAAAGCUUGCCUUACUUGAGUACGUCUUUAGAUGCAGAUAUUGACAUGUAUAACAUGAGAAUGAGAACCUGCACUGCAGAGGUAGACAAAAGUGAGACGGAAGCUGAUGUGCUGAGAGUGUGUGAUGGUGGUACAGAUUCCACCUGCGGGCUGUGCUAUGGUGGGAGUCAUGUCCAAUUGGGUGAAGAUUCACAGCUGGAGUACAUCAGUGCGAAUGAAGAAGGCUUUGAUGAUGGGAAUAGCUCAAGAGAGUUUCCUGAGCAAAGGGAAGCUGAGCGUUGUACAGGUGCAGAAGCAGCUAUGGCAGAGCUUCCCCAGCUGUUCCACAACUCUCUGCUGGUUGGCAGUGCUGUGGCUUGUGAUCAGAAGGAGGAGCAGGCAGCAUCUCUCAGCGGUCUUGCUGGACAUAUGCUUGACAAUAACGCAUGCAGGAGUACAGAAAGGAGUUACCUAAAUCUGCUUGCCAUUCACCAUUCAGAGGUGAAAGAUGCUUCCUCACCUGAUAGCACACAGCCCCAACAGAACCACAGGUGUGUUCACAGCAACUUAGCAGAGGGAGGAUGCCCUUCACUGUUACCAAGGGAAAGGGCCCCAGCAAAAACCACAGAGCUCUGCAAAAGGGCAGGGGACUCUGAGUUUUACGGUUGUGAGGAUCCCCUCCUGCACAUGUGCAGUGCCAGCUGCGCUUACCGUGCUGCAAAGGUGGAUGAGAACCGGCGUCCAGUCCCUGCAGUUCUCUCUAUCAAGGAUCUCUGUUCUGGGGAGGAAGCCUCAGGCAAAUCUUGCAGUGCAAAUACCUCCCUCAACCUGGAGUGUUGUGAAAGCUUGGGAGAUGUGGUCGGUCGUUCUAAAGUGAACCAGGCAGUCGAUGCGAGUUGUGAUUUUAGAGUUUGCUUUACAACCAGCAGAAGUACCAGUGCUCGAGUUCCUCUCUCAUCCAGGGCAAUUAAUACAGAGGUGACAAUGAUGAAUGAAUUCAGGUGUGUGGGUUUGCCUGGGGAAACUUGUGCCACUGUUGCUGGCAGUACAGAGCGGCUGUCUGGACCUGGUCCUACAGAGGAAAUGGGGUCACAGCUUGCUGAUGUGCACCAGGAUGGCAGCGCUGGGGCAAAUGAAAGUAGAUCACAAGACAAGGAACAGAGGGAAUCCAAAGCUGAGUUGUGCAGCAGCUGUUUAAAGAUAAUGGCUGACAGGCUGGCACACAUCAGCAAAGACACUGCGAAGGAUUCUGUGUCAGUCUGUCAAAGUCUACUGCAGAGAGCUAUUGAAGCAGAACUGCAGGUUCUGAACGCUCACUAUCAGAUGUGCUACCGACACUGCUUGAAGAUCCACAAACUGGCUUUGGAGGAAAAGGCGUGUUUUGGCAGAUACUAUGGAAAUACUUCUGCUAAUACUGAAGUAGGUUCAACUGUCACGUCAGUUUUGGAAGAGCUGAAUAAGAAUUACAGCAGUAUGAGAGCAAAAAUACAAACGGGAACACCUUUGAGCACACUUCCACCGCUGUCAGUCGAGAUAAAGUCAUUGCCCAUUGUUUCCUCUUAUGUCCCAUGCCAGUUAUUCGGGGAGGAAUUUCGCCAUGGUUCUUUUUCAGGCAUGAGAAAAGCAGGUUUUGAAGCUUCAGGGUUGCAGGAAAUCAGAACUCCUGUCUACACGGAGAGUGCACAGACCACAUGUUUAACUGACAGCCAGCAGCCCAGUGACUCUGCUUCCUCCAAGGUGUCCCAGGAGCAGCUUAAAGAGCAGGGUGUGCAGCACGGAUCUGUGAGAAACAAAGAAUGGAACGAAUGCUGGUUUGAUGCUAGAGAGGACUUUGCAGUAACAGAUUUGUCACUAGUAUCUGAAGAAGUGGGGAAGCACCCAGAGAAACAAGACACAGUUGGUUUAAGAGGAGCAAAGAUAACAGAGGGUGCAAAUGAGUGCACAUUUGUUUGCAUUGGUGGCUUGAGUUCAUCCGUGUCAGAGGAUGAUCUGAGAUCGCAUUUCCAGAAGUACCAGAUCUCUGUCAUUCUGCUCUGUGAGGAUUCUGAUAACCACAGAUGCGCAUUUCUUGGCUUUAAAGACACCUCCUCAGCAAAGUUAGCAGUGGAAAAAAUGAACAAGACACAAAUGAAAGGAAAACCAAUAAGUGUGGAGCUUGUCAGCAAUCCAUCAGAGAACAGAUCUUCGGCUUCCAACAUACUUGGGAAGAAGCUUUGGUGCGAAGCUCUCUCUGUUGCUAACAGUGCAAGCAGCAAUCAGAGUGUAAAACUCCUGUCAGCCUCUGGUUGUGUGGCAGCACCUGGCACCUCCUCUGCUUCUCAGAAGGUGCCUCUCCAGCCCGGGGCUUCUGCACACACUCCUGGCUCUACACAAGUACCAUCAGAAGCCAGGAGCCCCAAAUCCUCUGCUGAAGGCUCCGCUACUGGAGGAAAUUCCCUGCCAAAAGCACCUGCUGCUCCUGCCUCCACUAAUUCAUUAGAAGCCUUUAUGUCUCCUAAAGCACUGAACUUGAGCAGCUUUGCCAAAUUAAUGAAGAAACUUAAAGACGUUCAUCCAGAAGCCAGCAGAGAUAAAAUCGUGGAUGCUCUGCUGGAGGUGAGGAAGAACAAUAAUGGUGUCCUAAGUGGCUUGUCCAUCAGUUCUAUUAUGGAAAGGGCCUCUGUAAUCCUAAGGAAACCAACGGCUGUUUGUACAGGGAAAGGCAGUGGCGAUCAAUGAUGUAAUGAAGAACCGACCACUUCACAUGACAGAUUUUUGCAGUCCAGCUCGCUCCGGGAUUGUUCUGUCCUUCUUGUUUGUUUGAUUUCGUGACAACUCGCUUAGCAUUGCUGUUUGGUUUGCAGUUCUGUUUGACCGAACAUAGCCCCAAGUUCUUUUCAGCUUUUUGUGCAGACAGAUAUUGAGUAAUUCUUCCCAGUUUGGUUGUUCUGUGUAGUUCCCCCUGUUUCUUAUGAGGUUUUAAGGCUCCCAUUUUAGCACGUUGAGACUUAUAGCAGCAGGACUUCUUUCUGCUGAAGCACACAAGCCCCGGC